AUGUUUUGGGUGAAAUGCGAAAGGUUUGAGGGACUCCAGGCUACCUUCUUGCCCACGGAAAUUGCAGAACAUAAUGAGAAGCAGGUCAUGGACUACUUUCAGCAAUACUUUGACUUGGCCUUUUUUAAGGAUACUUCUGAACUUACUAAUAUGAGAUAUUUACAGCAGACUGGAAGGUCUUCAAAGCUGUCUGCCAAAGAAUUGCAGGUAUUUAUUGGAGCAACAAUACUAAUGUCUUGUUUGAGAUACCCUAGAGUUAGGAUGUACUGGGGUAAAACAACAAGAGUUAUUAGCAUUACUGAAAUUAUGACUCGAGACCGAUACUUCACCAUUAGAAGUAAUUUGAAGGUGACAGACGAUAAUGCUGUAACAGAGGAAACUAGAAGGAAAGAUAAGUUGUGGAAAAUAAGGCCACUUUUAGAACGUGUAAAGAGAGCAUGCCUCAGUUUACCUCGAUCUCCUGAAGUGGCAGUGGAUGAACAAAUGAUCCCGUUUACUGGAGCAUGCGCAAUAAAACAAUUUGUCAGGGGAAAGCCAAAUCCUGAAGGGCUUAAAAUUUUUGUGUUGGCUGCUCCUUCAGGACUAGUCCUUGACUUUGGGAUUUAUCAGGGUAAAGGAACAUUUCCAGAAGCUAUUGGUCAACAAUUAAAACAAGAAAUAGGAGCCUCAGCAGUCCUCAGGCUUUGCCAGAGCCUUCCAGAAGGAACACAUGUGUUUUUUGAUAGGUAUUUUACCUCUGUUCCGUUACUGGAAUCAUUGGCUGAAAAAAACUUGCCUGCCACUGGAACAAUCAUGAAGUCAAGAAUACCCAGAGCAGUCCAUCUGACAGCAGACAAGAUUCUUGCAAAUCAAGGACGUGGGUCUGUUGACCAGACAGUGAGAAAAGACAAACUCAUUUCUAUUGUAAAAUGGAUCUGCACCAGAACCAAAAAGUGGACCGUAAAAACUAUUUUUCACUUCAUAGAUCUGGGAAUUGAAAAUAGCUGGAUUCAGUACAGAAGUGACAGAAUUAAGAACGAUGAGCCAGAGAAGAAUAUCCUGCAGUACCUUGAUUUCAAAAUCAGAAUUGCUGAGCAUUUGUUAAGGGGCCAAGAGGAACAACAUUCUGAUGAAGAUGAUGAGGAGUCAACUCCUAAAAGGUGA